AUGGCAGGAAGCAAGGACAUCACUAUCACUCUCUACUGGCUCAACGACUCCCGCGCCCAAAACAUCGUGUGGCUCCUCGAGUCUCUCCGGUUACCCUACCAAAUAAAGGCCUUCAAGCGUAUGCCUUCUGGUCUUGCACCUCCAGAGAUGAAAGAUAUCCACCCCCUCGGCAAGUCGCCUGUGGUUUCCAUCGAGUGGCCCGGAUCAGGGAAGCCAUUGGUGCUAGCCGAGUCGGGGAAUAUCAUCGAGUACCUCAUCGACCACUUCGGGGGCGUCGAGAAGGGCCUCGUCCCGCAACGGUACGCGCGAGAUGAGAACGGCCAAGACACGGAGACGGAGUCUUGGUUGCGGUAUCGCUUUUUCAUGCAUUACUCGGAGGGGAGCCUCAUGCCCAAUUUGGUGCUUCAGUUGAUUCUGGAACGCAUCCGAAACCCUCCAGUUCCAUUCUUCAUCAAACCCCUCACCAGGCUGGUGGCCAAUGCCGUCCAGACUUCCUUCCUAGACAAGCAGUUUGCUGUCCAUUUCCCAUUCCUGGAGGACCAGCUCAAAACCGCCCCUGGCGUGGACUCGAGCAAUGGACACAGAACCGGUGGCCUUUGCGGUAAGGAUUUCACCGCUGCCGAUAUGCUUAUUAGUUUCGGGGUCAUUGCUGCGACCGAUGCCGGGUUGAUUACCGAGUACAAGUUCCCGGAGAUCGUGGCGUAUACCCGACGCAUUAAAGAGAAUGAAGCGUACAAAAGGGGUCUUGCUAGGGUUGCGGAUAUUGAGAGUGGAAAGGUUACUGCUUCUUUAUGA